AUGUCUGCGCUGGCUGCUCCUCGAGCUGUCCGCCCCGGCGCUCGCAGCAGCACCAAUGCCUUGAUCACCGUCCGACCCGCCAUCCUGGCCCUAGCACGUCUGCUCUUCGUUCCCCUCGUCAGCGCCGCUCCGAUCUUCUCCGCCUUGUCCGCCGCCGACGACGACGACGAUGAUGCUCCGAAAGAUGCGUCCGAUCCGAACUUGUGGCUAUACCUGGGCGUCGCGAUUGCUCUCGUGCUGUUGGGUGGAAUCUUCGCGGGUCUGACCAUUGCGUUGAUGGGACAGGAUGAGACGUAUUUACAAGUCAUUGCCACGUCUGGCGAAGGAAGUGAGAAGAGACAUGCGGCGAAGGUGCUGCAUUUGCUGGCGAAGGGGAAGCAUUGGGUGUUGGUGACGCUGCUGUUGAGCAAUGUCAUCACCAAUGAGACUCUACCCAUUGUUCUGGACCGGAGUUUGGGCGGAGGUUGGCCCGCCGUGGUGACGAGUACGGUUUUGAUUGUCAUCUUCGGUGAAGUUGUACCGCAGUCGAUUUGCGUGCGGUAUGGACUUUCGAUUGGUGCAUACAUGGCUCCUAUUGUCACGGGUUUGAUGUGGACUAUGGGACCCGUUGCAUGGCCGACGGCGAAAUUGCUGGACUACCUGCUCGGAGAGGACCACGGAACAAUGUACAAAAAGGCGGGAUUGAAGACGCUGGUGACUUUGCACAAGACGCUGGGCACGGGUGCUGGAGAGCAAUUGAUGGAGGACGAGGUGACAAUCAUCAACAGUGUGCUGGAUUUGAAAGACAAGCCCGUUGGAGGUAUCAUGACUCCUAUGCAGGAUGUUUUCACCAUGAGCGCGGACACGGUGUUAGACGAGAAGAUGAUGGACACCAUACUUUCACAAGGAUACUCAAGGAUACCCAUCUAUUCACCGGACAAUGGACGAAACUAUAUUGGCAUGCUGCUGGUGAAGAUCUUGAUCACUUAUGAUCCCGAAGACUGCAAGCGUGUACGGGAUUUCGCUCUAGCCACUCUGCCCGAGACCGCACCACACACAUCGUGUCUGGACAUUAUCAACUUCUUUCAGGAAGGGAAGAGUCACAUGGUGUUGGUAUCAGACUUCCCAGGCCAGGACAAAGGAGCUCUCGGCGUAGUCACUCUAGAGGAUGUCAUCGAGGAAUUGAUCGGCGAGGAGAUCAUUGACGAAUCUGAUGUCUUCGUGGACGUCCACAAAGCUAUUCGACGUAUGCAUCCAGCACCGAAACAGCGUUGGGGCAAGAAUGGCAUGUACCAGGACGAUGCCAUCAACGAUUCUCACUCCGAUGACGACGGUAAGGAGGUCGACGAGAACGCACCUCUCAUUCCAAAGUCUGGCACCGAGAGCAAACGUCCGAGCCUGGCGAAUGGCCAGCAGCACACAACGUUCAUGAUGCGUCGGAAGUCGAGUGCAGCGUCCUCUCGGGACGUAUCCUCCACUCUUGCUGCCGGAGCCAAUCCUUCCGCCGUGCCUGUUCGCAGCUCAGCCACGGACAUGCGCGAGCAUCUCAAGCACCUCGGACCUUCCAAUGCAGCCAGCAAACCGCGCGCAACGAAGUACACGUCCGUCAAGAUCAAGCCGGGCGUUGGAACAAUUCCAGAGAACAAGACCACGACCGGCACCGCAGGAACCACACAGAAACUACAGGGAGAAUCUCCUCGACCGACAAGCCAACUCGGCCGCACAACCACCAUCUCCACCCCACCUCUCAACGCCAUGACCGACCACCCAGCCGUUGAUGAAGCGAUACAAACUCUCCGCUCCGACUCCCGCGGUGCCUCAGGCGGCGUGGCCGCUGUCUACGGAACCAUGAACCACAACGGCCCCGAUUCGCCAAUCAAACCCUCCGAAAGGAGAAUCUCCCAAGUCAGCAUGACCGCACAGGAAGCGACUAAACUCGCAGAAGAAAACACCACCGCACCUCCCGCCGCCGGCGUUCCUGAGACCGAAUUCAAUAACAACGACGACAGCAGCGACCUCAAGAUCCCCGAGAAACUCGUCAAGAAGUCCUCGGCGAGGUCGGGUAGUAUCACGCAGACCACCGUUGAGGGCGUGGGCGGGAUGCGGAAGAUGGUGUUGGAGGCGACGAGUAGUUCGGAUGUGAGUGAUGCUGAGGGCAAGGAUGGGGUGGCGGUUAUGGAUGGAGCUGGGGAGGGGGAUAGUCCGAAUGGAGGGCAGGGUGGAGAUAGUGGCAAGAAGAAGAGGAAGAAGAGGGGAAAAAAGAAGAAGGGCGGGGAGUAA